GUGACGUCAGGUCGUUUAAUCCGGAAACGGCGGCGACGGUCGAGGCGACAGAACGGAGGGGCUGUGGUUGGUGGGCGGCCCGCGAGCCGAGCGACAGUAGUGUGACCCGGAAGCGGAAGCAGGCCCUUAUCCCAGCUCCGGCUUUGCAUUUGUCCCAGGCCCACUAGCGGGCUCCUGCCUCCAUGGACCUGUUGUUUGGGCGCCGGAAGACGCCGGAAGAGCUGCUGCGGCAGAACCAGCGGGCCCUGAACCGUGCCAUGCGAGAGCUGGACCGUGAGCGACAGAAGCUAGAGACUCAGGAGAAGAAAAUCAUUGCAGAUAUCAAGAAAAUGGCCAAGCAGGGCCAGAUGGACGCCGUGCGCAUCAUGGCAAAAGACCUGGUACGCACGCGGCGCUAUGUGCGCAAGUUUGUGUUGAUGCGGGCCAACAUCCAGGCUGUGUCCCUCAAGAUCCAGACACUCAAGUCUAACAACUCAAUGGCGCAAGCCAUGAAGGGCGUCACCAAGGCCAUGGGCACCAUGAACAGACAGCUCAAGUUGCCCCAGAUCCAGAAGAUCAUGAUGGAGUUUGAGCGGCAGGCAGAGAUCAUGGACAUGAAGGAGGAGAUGAUGAACGACGCCAUUGAUGAUGCUAUGGGUGAUGAGGAAGACGAAGAGGAGAGUGAUGCUGUUGUGUCCCAGGUCCUGGAUGAGCUGGGACUGAGCCUGACAGAUGAGCUGUCAAACCUCCCUUCCACUGGAGGCUCACUCAGUGUGGCUGCCAAUGGGAAGAAAGCAGAGGCCGCAGCAUCAGCCCUAGUCGAUGCUGAUGCAGACCUGGAGGAGCGGCUCAAGAACCUGCGGAGGGACUGACCACUCCAUGCCACCCCAGGGGGCCAGUGGAUGCCCAGCAUUUUCACUGUUCCCUUCCUGUAAUAAAAGAGAUUGGACACUA